AUGGAGGCGGUGUCGCUGCCCGCCGCGCUGGAGCUGGCGGCCGGCGGCGGCGCGGGGCUGAGCCCGGAGAAGCGGGCGGUGCUGGCGGCGUCGCUGCUGCUGCUCCAGCGCGACUACCGCUUCGAGCGGGUCUGGUUCUGGGGCUGCAUCCAGGGCGUGCGCGGCGCCUACUACAUCGCCGAGGGGCUGGGCCCCGACCGCGCCGCGCCCCGCAGCCGCCUCUACAGCUUGAACUGCGUGGAGUGGAGCCUCCUGCAACCAGCGACCAAGGAGAUGGUUGCGCAGGCUGAGCAGCUGAAGGGCCGCUUCCAGGGGGAUCCUUCUUUUGAGUACGAGUACACUGAGAUAAACGCAGAAGAUGCUGAAAGAUUGUUUGAAGAUGGUAAGGAGCCCAUGAUCAAGGAGGAGGCCCGCCUCGUAGCUACGAUAGAACAGAUAGACAGAGCAGUUGGUAUCAUCCCCCGGGGGGCAUUUGUGAAGACUCCUCUUGGGUCUGUGCAUGAAAACAGAAACUUUGAAGGUCUUUCUUUGACGGAGGCAAAAAAGUUAAGUUCCUAUUUCCAUUUUACUGAGCCUGUUAACCUGAAGAAUAAAACCUUGCUGGAGAAGGCUGACCUGGACCCAUCCACUGACUUUCUAGACUCUCUGGAGCAUGAUAUCCCACAAGGCUCCUGGACUGUCCAGCUAGAGAAGGGAGGUACUGUGGUGGUGCUGCGGAGCCUGCUGUGGCUGGGACUGACGUUCUACCAUGUCCCAAUGACCAAGCAAUACGGCUACGUCUACUUUGGCACUGGUGAGAAGAACUUAGAUCUGCCCUUCAUGCUGUGACUCUCCUGUCUGGGAUGAGGACUCGAGAACAUUUAGAUUUUAUACUUAGGAGAUUUUUGUUUACUGCUUGUUCUAAUAAAUGUGUGAAACCUCU